GAAAGUACCUGAACAACUACGCACAUCCGACGACUGGUGUCAACGUGACUCACAUCCCGCAGGGCUGGGACACCUGGUUUGGUUUGGUAGGAAACAGUCGCUUCUAUGACUAUUCUGUGAGUAACAAUGGUGUUCUGGAGAAACAUGGCACCGACUACGAGAAGGAUUACUUCACCGAUGUCAUCAAACGUAAUGCCGUGAGCUUUAUCAAGAAUGCUACCACUGAGGAUGCCAGCAAGCCGUUCUUCAUGUACAUUGCUACGCCUGCACCGCAUCGUCCAGCCACGCCGGCACCUCAGUACGCCAACAUGUUUAGCAAUGAGACAGCUCCACGCUCACCGUCGUAUGGCUUCAAGCCCGAUGACAAGCACUGGAUCAUUAGUGGAGGUACUCCACAAAUGGACAACACAACUAUCAAGACCGUGGACGAACUGUGCCUGGAUCGCUGGCGUACAUUGCAGUCAGUUGAUGACCUGCUGGAGGAGGUUGUAAUGACUUUGCAGACGGGCGGUGUUCUGGACAACACUUACAUCUUCUAUAACAGCGACCAUGGCUAUCAUCUGGGACAGUUCAAUCAGCAGGGAGAGAAGCGGCAGCCAUAUGAUGAGGAUAUCCGCGUGCCGCUAAUUGUGCGUGGUCCUGGUGUGGUGAAGGGCCAGAAAACUCCCAGAAUUGCACUCAACAUUGACUUAGCACCGACCUUCAUCGAGCUGGCCGGAGGAGAGGUUCCGGAUGAUAUGGACGGCCGCAGCCUGAGACCCGUUCUGGAAAAUGCCCUAUGUGCCGACUGGCGUGACGAUUUCCUGGUGGAGUACUGGGGCGAGGGAACGCCGUGCAUGGGCACUAUUCACGCCACACCACCGGAGCAAGUCUUCCUGCACGAUUGUCACAACAAUACAUUUGUGAACCUACGCACACUCUCGGAAUCAGAUGACAGCAGCUACAUUCUUGUUUUCCCCAAUGAUGAUGCACCCAUGGACAUCAGUGCAGUGAACUACAGGAAUACUAUGACCUGACAGAGGAUACCUGGCAGAUGAAGAACACGUUCAAACAACUGACACCGGCAAAGCACAGUGCAUACCAGGCUCGUCUGGAGCAGUACAUGAAGUGCUCUGGCCAGACCACCUGCAAUCUAAAGCCAAUCUGAGUGUUGGACAGGGAGGGACCAGGCACACUAACAUGGCACUGUGUUCCUCUAUCCCGCCAGCCUUCUCAGUCUUCAACGUUUUCAACUUUUCCGCGAGCAAAGAAUGCAUUUUAUUUUUCUUCGACUUGGCUAGAAUUCUUGGCGUGCACAGGAGCAUAAAUAAUUUGCAUUUGUGCCGUGUAUGAAUGCUGCAGGUCAGCAUUUGCAUACUAUAAUCAUGAAGUCUCGAAUGUUUCAAUUUCCCCCAUUGCUCAAUUAUCCCUGUUUCAAAUCAACAAACCAGGGAGUACGAAGACUGGCUCUUAGUACUCUCUACAACAAACAAUCUCCCCGAGGUGACUACAGUCAUUACACCGUAUCAAGAUUAUUUUAAAAUUAUGGAA